CAACAAAGAUAGAAUGCAUUGAAAUCCAUCAUUUCAACUCGAUAAAUUUCUCGUUUGACUGCACACGCUUCUGACUAGUGUAUUGAGGUAAUGAGAUUAUUGGUGCAUUGGCGUAAGGUGCUAGGGUAACACCGCCUUGGUCACGAUUGAGGGAUCGCGCGACCUUAAAUAUGGGAUACCGUGUGGCGAAUGGACGAUUUAAACGACAGAUGUUCCUAAGCGAGAUGAAUGCUCCAGUCACCAGCUGCGAGAAACAAAAUUCACCUCAAAGCAAACAAAGACGCUCCUUCCCCAGGUCUAUCCGGCAUGUAAUGUCAAAUCCUCCUGUCGAGGGCUAAAACGGCUGCCAGGCAGACAGAUUUGCCCCUCCUGUAUUAGACAGAAAGUUUCAAUAAAGAAAUUCGUCUGUUGGUUUGUGAUUAGACCACAGAUAAAGAAUCAGAAGGGGAAAUGUUAUCAGAAAUAUUGGCUCUCUUUGUUGUCAUUGUUGCCAUUCGGAGGUGCACAGGAGAAUCCGCCUUUGUUUGUACGGAGAAGGGAUCGGGGAAGCAGACGAUUGAACUCCAUUGCCCUUUUGGAACUGAGAUACAGAUCAAGGAGUCCGUGUACGGGCGGAACAAGUGGCGACAGUGUCUUUACACCGUUGGAGAUUGCACGGAACCGGCGGAUAUUUCGGAGGAGUGCUGCGGACGCAGAAACUGCAACGUCACCGUCUGGCGGAUUUAUUCCAUCCAAUGCGAAUAUGUCACGUUUUUCCGUGUAAUUUACGAAUGUGUGGAAAAGGGGGAUGCAGAAUGCGAGCAUGAUGAAGACCCAGAAACACACGAACCGGAUAUCAUAGAUAUUACAUCACACGCCAGAUUUCCACUGACGUCAGCUAACCUUUACCCCCUAAAUCCAGCCGUACAGAAUCAAGUUACUCCUAACAACCAUUUCACAGAUUUCAUGUAUCACGGUUCAAUCACUGACCCAGCGAUGCCAAAUUCAUUACCAGAGGAGGCAGUAAAUGAUGAUCUGACGUUGAUCGUACUGUCCGCUGUCUCCAUUGCUGUCUUGCUGGUCUGUAUCAUCGUCGUCGUUUUCGUCCUUAGAAAGUUUAAAUGGCAAGGAGAAAAAGCAUGUAUUUUAAGUCUAUUUGUUGGUUGGUGCAAACGACAUCCUCCAGACGGAUGCGAAAAUCCAGAUGCUGAACGACCUUCAAUGUCACGUGAUGUUAGAUUUUCCACGAACGGAAAUGACGUAAAUCGACAAAAUUUUGAAAAUUUAAAUAAAGAUAAAGUGGCGUCAUCAUUGACUAGAGUGGUACCACGUGACGUUAAUCACAAUAAUGAAUGUGAUGGUGGCCAGGGAGAUUCCUCGGACACGAGUUCUGACAAUCAUUAUGUUGUCUUUGAGAACAUCAAGGGAGAACCAACGGGAAACCCUGUUCUUCCGCCUCCAAUCGCCGGACGUGUUGUUCUGGACCAGAAAGCAUACAACAGUACCCCUGUGGUCUCCGAGGGGCCGGGUACCACUGCUGUGUGAAAAUGUACAUAAAGCAUAUACCCAUCUUAAUAUCUACCUCUGGUCUCGGAGUUACCUGUACAUACCGGACAAUCGUUUCAAUUUGUGUCAUUAUACCGGCUACAUAACCCACCAUACUGCCAUCAUCUUUACUAUAUAUGCACGGUGCCCCUGUCCUUCAAUCUCUCUGCGUAUGGGUAUAAUAUAUAUUGCUCUAUGCAGACAAACUUUACACUUACUGACAUGAGCAGUAAGUUUUUAGGGGGGAAAGUAUUUCAGUACUACUAUAUCAGAAGAGGACGUUACGAUGGAAACGAUAAGCAUAAUAGAGGACUAUACUCUGUGAAAUCCUGAUUGAUUAUUGAUUGGCGGGGACUCGGUCAUGUAGAACCUUCAAACUUACUGCACCGCUGCCGUGUGAACGAUUGUGUCAUAUCCUGUAUAUAUAUAUAUGAAAGGAAGACUGAUGAUGAUUAGAGCGAUUGAUUUCUAAUGAGGUGUGAAAUGGGGAUGGAUGAUCUUACAGAAUGUGAAUGAUGUCGAUGUUUAAAGGUUUGUUCGCUAGUCCGAACUUUCUUACGAUGACUGCAGUCGUUUAGAAUCUCUGUGAGCCAGUGAUUAAAUUAAUUUAAUUAACCACUACACACAUGCUGAAAUGUAUUUCGGUGUAACCGAUAUGAUUCUGAUUGUAUGUCAACCUUCAGCUAUGUUUUUUGAAAAGGAAAGUGAUUAUAUAUAUUCGGAUGUUGCUAACAAACCUUUUAUUUCAUCACCAUAUUGUUGUUUAAUUGACAAGCUCUAAUUAUAGAGAUGUCACAAUUGUGUCUUUCUACAAAUGAUUUGUACAUACUUUAGGUAUAGAUUGCAUUAAAUAUGAAUAAAAAUG